AUGCCUGCCGACAUCAUGGAAAAGUCGUCCUCCUCUCCGGUCGCCGCCACCCCGGCAAGCAUGAACUCGACCCCUGAUAAACCCAAAACAGCCUCCGAGCACAGAAAGUCAUCCAAGCCAAUUAUGGAGAAGCGAAGAAGAGCCCGAAUCAACGAGAGUUUGGGGCAACUUAAAACUCUCAUUUUGGAUGCGCUCAAGAAAGAUAGCUCCAGACACUCCAAGCUGGAGAAGGCAGACAUCCUGGAGAUGACAGUGAAACAUCUCCGGAACCUCCAGAGAGCUCAAAUGACCGCUGCUCUCAACACCGAUCCCACCGUGUUGGGCAAGUACCGUGCUGGUUUCAGCGAGUGCAUGAACGAAGUGACCCGCUUUCUGUCCACCUGCGAGGGAGUCAACACGGAGGUCCGAACGCGGCUCCUCGGCCACCUCGCCAGCUGUAUGACGCAGAUCAACGCCAUGAACUACCCCAGCCAGCACCAGAUCCCCCCCGCCGCCGGGCCAACGCACCCCUCGUUCGGUCAGCCUAUGGUGCAGAUCCCCGGUUCCUCCCCGCAGGUGCUGCCCAUGAGCGGCGUGCCUUGUAAGGGAGCGCCCUCUCCCUCCACGUUAUCCAACUCGGACGCCACCAAAGUGUACGGCGGCUUCCAGAUUGUGCCUGCCACGGACGGACAGUUUGCUUUCCUCAUACCCAACGCCGCGUUCGCUCCCAGUGGUCCCGUCAUUCCCGUGUACGCCAACAGCCCCGGAACGCCGGUUCCGGUGCCGGCCGCCGUCUCUCCCGGAGCGCCGUCGGGCAACACGGACUCUGUGUGGCGGCCCUGGUGA